AUGGUUCAAGUACGAAUAACAUUACUGAAGUCCUAUAAGAAGUUAAACGUAGAUGACUUAUCUCCAUGUUCAUGGAGCCAACUCACUUGCGUGUACGAAGCUUUAGGG